AUGGACACAUUCCAGUGCCCCGGGUCAGGCCUCCAACACCCAACAUGGACACAUUCCAGUGCCCCGGGCCAGGCCUCCAACACCCAACAUGGACACAUUCCAGUGCCCCGGGUCAGGCCUCCAACACCCAACAUGGACACAUUCCAGUGCCCCGGGUCAGGCCUCCAACACCCAACAUGGACACAUUCCAGUGCCCCGGGUCAGGCCUCCAACACCCAACAUGGACACAUUCCAGUGCCCCGGGCCAGGCCUCCAACACCCAACAUGGACACAUUCCAGUGCCCCGGGCCAGGCCUCCAACACCCAACAUGGACACAUUCCAGUGCCCCGGGCCAGGCCUCCAACACCCAACAUGGACACAUUCCAGUGCCCCGGGCCAGGCCUCCAACACCCAACAUGGACACAUUCCAGUGCCCCGGGUCAGGCCUUCAACACCCAACAUGGACACAUUCCAGUGCCCCGGGCCAGGCCUCCAACACCCAACAUGGACACAUUCCAGUGCCCCAGGCCAGGCCUCCAACAGCUGGUCCCCCAGGCCAGGCCUCCAACAGCUGGUCCCCCAGGCCAGGCCUCCAACAGCUGGUCCCCCAGGCCAGGCCUCCAACAGCUGGUCGCCACAGGCCAGGCCUCCAACAGCUGGUCGCAACAGGCCAGGCCUCCAACAGCUGGUCGCCCCAGGCCAGGCCUCCAACAGCUGGUCCCCCAGGUCAGGCCUCCAACAGCUGGUACCCCAGGCCAGGCCUCCAACAGCUGGUCGCCCCAGGCCAGGCCUCCAACAGCUGGUCCCCCAGGCCAGGCCUCCAACAGCUGGUCGCCCCAGGCCAGGCCUCCAACAGCUGGUCCCCCAGGCCAGGCCUCCAACAGCUGGUCGCCACAGGCCAGGCCUCCAACAGCUGGUCGCCCCAGGCCAGGCCUCCAACAGCUGGUCCCCCAGGCCAGGCCUCCAACAGCUGGUCGCCCCAGGCCAGGCCUCCAACAGCUGGUCCCCCAGGCCAGGCCUCCAACAGCUGGUCGCCCAGGCCAGGCCUCCAACAGCUGGUCGCCCAGGCCAGGCCUCCAACAGCUGGUCCCCUAGGCCAGGCCUCCAACAGCGGGUCGCCCCAGGCCAGGCCUCCAACAGCUGGUCCCCCAGGCCUCCAACAGCUGGUCGCCCAGGCCAGGCCUCCAACAGCUGGUCGCCCCAGGCCAGGCCUCCAACAGCUGGUCCCCCAGGCCAGGCCUCCAACAGCUGGUCCCCUAGGCCAGGCCUCCAACAGCUGGUCGCCCAGGCCAGGCCUCCAACAGCUGGUCGCCCCAGGCCAGGCCUCCAACAGCUGGUCGCCCCAGGCCAGGCCUCCAACAGCUGGUCCCCCAGACACAGGAGAUGCUAAUGUUGCUGUAGCAAUAGAUGAAGCUGGAGCCUUACUCAAGAAUAUUCAAGAUCUAUCUACCAAAGUCGACCUCCUCGAACAAGAAUUAAGCCUUCUCAAGAACAAAAGUACUAACUUCAAACCAGAUGAAAUCACUAGAAAACAGGAAAAAAUGUUACAAAAGUUUGAGAACCAUCUGAACAACCUACAACAGCAACACACUGUUAUCCAAGACGAAACAGACCAACAUAAACUACUUGAGUCUGUCGUUAUCUUCUCACAAGAUAGUAUGUUAGAUGAUGAGGUGUUAGAGGCUUACCCUGAUGAGGCUGAGAAUGCAGCUAGAAUCAGAAGACAGGAAUUAGAACUUUAG